ACCCACCACGACCGCUCCCACUGCCCCAGCUCUCGAAUCCAACGUCUACUAUGUCAAGAUCUCCAAAAGAAUCAACGCGCUUCACAGCGACGGGAGUGUGGGCGCACACACGGCCCGGCGGUCGAGCCACAACCCUCCAAUUCGCGGACCCAGCGCCGAAAAAUGAAACGCCACAGCAGAAGGUCAAGCGUUUACGAGAGGCUGCGAACCGGGCGAAGAUGGCACAGAUUACAAGAUGGGAUUACAUGUACCUGUAUGGGCGCAUGACUGCAGAUGCGGUGCACAGAUUUACAGUAUAUGGGUUGAUUUUUGCAACGGGUUGCAUUGGUGUCCUGGCCGUCUUUUCGAUAGGCGACAUGAUCGUCUACAACCGACGGAAACGAGCCAUCUACUUCGCCGAGGAGGAGAAAGCGCAAGCCCGCAUUCUCGAAGCGGCGCGAACAGCAGUCGCUCAAGGCACAGCGUCAGCAGCACAGAACGCCCUCGUGGUCGGCAUUGCAGAGGAACAAGAGGCGUAUGAGAAGAAGAAGGCAGAGAGGAAAGCACCCUCGAAGCUGCUUUGGUGGCUGCAUGGUGAUUGGAAGGAAGAGAAGGAUAUCGCAGAGCAGAGGAGGUUGGCAGUAGAGGAGUUAAGAAAGCAAGAGAUGCGGGGCGGGCAGGGAACAGGCAUUGUGGAUGCAGUGAACGAGGCAAGGCAGAAUUCCGGGCCCAUCUUCGACGCCCAUCGUUGGCGGCCCAUUAGACAACACUGCCCAAAAGGCCACAAUAAAGGCGGAGGAGACGGGCAAAGGCUGGCUAGGGUGGCUGACGGGCGGAUCAAAGAAGGAGUAAGCCAGCGCGUUCGACACCCCGGAGACUCGAGGGGACUCCAUGUACUAUACCUCUCCGACUGUACACUGCUGUUUCUUCUACAUGUAUGCAUCGCGGAGUUGGAAGACGCGUCUAGAAGGAUUCGCUUCUUUGCUGGGUAUUCUACGCUUCAUGUCUAUGAUUGCACGUUCAAUGCACACCAAUUCAACAUUAAACAGGCCGCACUUACAAAUUGCCAUGUCAAUUGGCCCUGCCCAGAAACUGGAAAUAUAAUUUCCUCCUCUCCCGCACCCUCUGCACCCACGGCCUGA